AUGGCUUUCUAUAACAAUUCUAUCCAACACCCUCGUCUGCAGAGGCUGCACGGAUCUGGCGCUCAGGCCGCAGUCCCAGGUGCCACUUCUUCCGCCCCUCAGGUCGCCCCGAUUGUCGUUCAGUAUCCCAGCCAGAAAAUUCUCGCGCAACAGUCUUCGGGAAAUCACCAUUCAACUCCCGAUCGGAUGUCAACUGACAACGGACUGUCCUGGGAUCCUGUCCACUACCCUCUGGGAUUUCUUCCCGAACGCGCGGUUGUUCCAAGCGAGUAUCCACCCGAUACUUGGGUCCGGCGAUAUUCAGAGGAUCACGCUGGGGAACCCCGUGACCUAGGCGCGUUCAUCGACAGCUACACUGACGAGCAUCAUAAUCUGACUCUGCCCGCGAUGGCGAGCGGCUCCUUCUUCGUGGAUAGGGCGCCCCAAAAGGCUUCCUAUGGAACCUCCGCCCCAAAACAGCCGGGAAAUCCCUCCAACGACAUCGCGCAACAAAGGCUGAACAAGAUCCCUCCGCAAUUCCACUGGAAAUUUCCCGAGCUGCCUGAUCUCGAUGUUGGGUUAAACCCCUGUGGCCAAUGUUCAGAGUGGUUUUCCAUGCCUGGCCGGUUUUCCAGUGGUGACGGAGAAAUUCGUGUCCUGGAUUCCGAGUCCCAGUACUUCCGAGACAAGAAGCGUCGGGCCUUCUGCGACACCUGCAAGGCAUUGGCGCGCCGCGUUGUGGAGUUAUACCCCGGGCUCAUUAUCUUCGACGCGGUUAAAUCGGUUUCUUAUCAGUCCGAGUUCACGCGUCGUAUGAGAGACCAACAGGUCUCUGGCGUACCCUGCGCUACCAUCCAACAGAAACUAUGCACCAAACAAGCCGGGAUGGACCGGCGUGUCAUGGAGUUUCUUCGCUCUUAUCAUGCAGGAUCAGUAGGCUCCGACUCUGCCAGUGGCUCAGCGAUACUCGUAUCGAAUUACCAGACCCCGUACCGCGGAUUCUGA